AUGGAGCGGGGUGCGGUGUGGAGUCUCGCCGCCCGGCUGGGCCUCGCCAACCCCGGGGUCAUCAGAAAAGCUGAGGAGUAUCUGCGACUAUCCCAAGUGAAAUGCACAGGAUUAAUGGCUCAAAUGACAGCGACAAGCAGCGCUGUGAUGUGCCUGGACCUAGCAGCUAGCUUCAUGAAACAACCAGUUGACAAAAGCUAUUUUGUUAAACUCUCCGGCUUGAACAAGAUGACCUACCAGAGCUCUGUGAAGUCGUUGGAGUGUUUGCUAGAGGUGAACCCCAGACUGGGAAUGCGAGACCUAGCUGUGCAAUUCUGCUGCACAGAAGCAGUAAACAGAGCUUCAAAAAUACUGCAGAGAUAUGAAUCCAGCCUCUCUGAAGCACAGCGAACAGACCUUAAUUUCUCAAAGCCACUUUUCCUAACAGCUGCACUAUUCACUGCAUGCAGGUGUUUGAAGCUAAAAGUGGACAAAACUAAAAUCUUGGCUACAUCUGGAGUAAAAAAAGCAAUAUUUGACCGGCUGUGCAAUCAGAUGGAGAAGAUCAGCCAGCAACUCAGCAAAGAUGAUAACCCACUGUUGGCAGAGACAGAUGAAAAUUUAAACACCAACCUGGAGCGCUGUGAGGAAGAAGCUGCAUCCGAAGAUGAUGAUGAAAUACCAUGUAAACGGCCAAAGACUGAAACAAAGCAAGACUAUGAAGAAUGGAAAAAGCAAAUCCUGGAAAAUGCUGCUAAAGCACAAGAGACAAGUAGGAAUUCUGUCUCUGUAAGUGACACCUAA